AUGUUCACUUCGACCUCACUCGCUGCAGGUGCAGCUCUUAUCUCGCUCGCGGCCGGCUCGCCAGUUGAGAGACAAGCCUUAAAGUUCACAUACUAUGACUUGACGACUCCUCUGGCUUCGCCGUGUGACAUUACCACCGGACAAGAUGGCAAGAUCUACGCCGACACAUUCACGUCGAACAAGAUUGUUCAGAUCGAUCGCUCGACUGGCAGCCUGACAGAAUACGACAUUCCAUACACCCUGCCUGUUCUCGGCAAUGAUGUUCUACCAAGUGAUUUGCAAGGACGAGUAGCUCUUUCCUGCGUCGUUCAGCCUGGAAAAGAUGGACUCAUCUAUGCUGCUGCCGGUGUGCGCAACGAGUUCGUGCGCUUCAAUCCAGAGACCAACGAAACCAAAGUCUUCCCUACUGGCAACCCCUUGGGCAACUUGCAGCCCUUUAACGACGCAUGGCCUGGUGAGACUGGCAUGUUCUUCUCACAAACGACUGGAAACGUCAUCAACCUCUUCGAUUACGCGACGACCAAUGUUCAGACCUUUGAGGUUCCAACACCCCUUGCUGGACCUCUUGGAAUGAUCGUCGCCUCUGAUGGCGCUUUGUGGUUCUGCGAGAUGCUGGCCAACAAGAUCGGCCGUCUCAAUGCCACCGACGGCACCUUCAAGGAAUACCCACUUCCUCUUUCCUUGGCAACACCAUCUGUGAUGCGUGCUGAGACUGAGGGUCGUUACUUGUGGUUCACGGCUAUCGCAACCAACGCCAUCGGCCGUUUCGAUAUUCAGACCGGCGAGACCAAGACCUUCACUGACCCGCGUCUCCUUGCUACGCCGAUCGAGGACACCGUUGAUAGCCAGGGCAACAUCUGGUACUCAACGCUCACUCGCAACACUCUCAACUACCUGACCCCAUCCACCGGCAAGGUCACCACCAUUGCUCAGCCAGAUGGUGAUCUCGAGAUCCUGCCAGGCCUCCUCCCCAGCUUGCCACCUGCAGCCGACAUCGCGAUGCACUACGAGCCAUCUGACAACAGCAUAUGGUUCUCUGAGCUGGUCAACAACCGCAUUGGCAAAUACUCGAUCUAA